AGGCCCGGACAACAGGCCAGUGCUGCGGUAGGGGAUGGAGUAAGGGCGUACUCCCGUGUCACGUGAUAAGAAGGGCGCCGAAUUCCUCUGGAGUCAGUGCCCUUCCUUGUAGAUGAAGGUUGAAGUACCUCGGGGGUUGGAGAAACAGCCUGGUGCCUCACCUCCACCCCCGGCUUGGGGUCAGGGUCAGAUUAGGGCUCCGGCUUUUGCUCGGGGGCGGGGCCUGGCUGGAGAAGAGGGUCGCGCAGGCCGACCUGGGGGCGUGGUCUCAUCGCUCUUAGUGACGUAAGACCGGUGGGCUCUCGAUCCAUUGAGAAGUAGGUGUCACCUUAUGGAGACCUCCACGGCCGCUACCCCUGUGAGGAGCUCGUUCUCCUCCAUCCUCCCCCUGGUCUGUGGGACGCUAGUGGCUGCUGUGCUGGGCGCCGCGUACCGACUGGGGCUCUUUACUCGGUUGAUGCACAAGGUGGACAAGGAGAGCAUCCGGCACGGUGGGGAGAACGUGGCUGCCGUGCUGAGGGCCCACGGUGUGCGGUUCCUUUUCACACUAGUCGGCGGGCAUAUUUCCCCACUGUUGGUGGCCUGUGAGAAGCUGGGCAUCCGCGUGGUGGACACACGCCAUGAAGUCACGGCUGUGUUUGCUGCCGAUGCUGUGGCCCGCUUGACCGGGACGGUGGGUGUGGCGGCGGUGACGGCGGGCCCUGGACUCACCAACACAGUGACAGCAGUGAAGAACGCCCAGAUAGCCCAGUCCCCAGUCCUGCUCCUGGGUGGGGCCGCCAGUACUCUGCUGCAGAACCGGGGCGCCCUCCAGGCCAUUGAUCAGAUGUCCUUGUUCCGGCCACUCUGCAAGUUCUGUGCUUCUGUGCGCAGGGUGCGGGACAUCAUGCCCACCCUGAGGACUGCAAUGGCUGUUGCCCAGUCGGGCACCCCGGGCCCAGUGUUUGUGGAGCUGCCCAUCGAUGUGCUGUAUCCCUACUACAUGGUCCAGAAGGAGAUGGUGCCAGCCAAGCCGCCCAAGAGCCUUAUGGGCCGACUGGUCUUUUGGUACUUAGAGAAUUACCUGGCCAAUCUCUUUGCAGGAGCCUGGGAGCCUCAACCUGAGGGGCCCCUGCCUUUGGACAUCCCCCAGGCAUCUCCCCAGCAGGUCCAGCGCUGUGUGGAGAUCUUGAGCCGCGCCAAAAGGCCCCUUGUGCUCCUGGGGAGCCAGGCCCUGCUGCCCCCGACAUCCGCCGACAAGCUUCGGACUGCCAUGGAGACCCUGGGUGUCCCCUGCUUCCUGGGCGGCAUGGCACGGGGGCUGCUGGGCCGAAACCACCCUCUCCACAUUCGGCAGAACCGCAGUGCCGCCCUGAAGAAGGCGGACGUAGUCCUUCUGGCAGGAAUCGUGUGUGACUUCCGCCUAUCUUAUGGCCGAGUCCUCAGCCAAAGCAGCAAGAUCAUCAUUGUCAACCGUAACCGGAAAGAGAUGUUGAUCAACUCAGACAUGUUCUGGAAACCCCAGGAGGCCGUGCACGGAGAUGUGGGUUCCUUCAUGCUGAAGCUGGUGGAGGGCCUUCAGGGCCAGACCUGGGCCUCAGACUGGGCAGAGGAGCUUCGGCAAGCCAACCAGCAGAAGGAGCAGUCCUUUCGGGAGAAGGCGAUGAUGCCUGUAGCCCAGCACCUGAACCCAGUGCGGGUGCUGCAGCUGGUGGAGGAAACUCUGCCUGACAACUCGAUUCUCGUGGUGGACGGCGGGGACUUCGUGGGCACUGCCGCUCAUCUGGUGCAGCCCCGUGGUCCCCUGCGCUGGCUCGAUCCUGGGGCCUUUGGGACUCUGGGGGUUGGUGCAGGAUUUGCGCUUGGGGCCAAACUCUGCCGUCCAGAUGCUGAGGUCUGGUGCCUGUUUGGGGAUGGAGCUUUUGGGUACAGUCUCAUCGAAUUCGACACCUUUGUCAGACACAAGGUUCCAGUGAUAGCCUUGAUAGGGAAUGAUGCUGGCUGGACCCAGAUCUCUCGGGAGCAGGUGCCCUGUUUGGGCAGCAAUGUGGCCUGUAGCCUGGCCUACACUGAUUAUCACAAAGCAGCCAUGGGUCUGGGGGCCCGGGGCUUGCUGCUCUCACGGGAAAAUGAGGAUCAGGUGGUUAAGGUGCUUCGUGAUGCCGAGCAGCAGUGCCGAGAUGGCCACCCGGUCGUGGUCAACAUCCUCAUUGGGAGGACGGACUUCCGCGACGGCUCCAUUGCUGUGUAGGGCCUCGUGGGUGCCACCCCACCCCUGGACUGCCAAGCUGGUCUGCAGUCUCAUCCUUGCCUCUCUGGGUCUGAGGAUUGGGAGGGGCUGGAGAGGCCAGGCCCACAGGCUCCCUGGAAGUGCUGGAGAGCUCUGGGCUUUUCUUUGUGGGCCCCGUUGCGACCUUUCUCUCAUUUCUUACACACUGAAUAAACCAUCUGGUCGACAUGG